AAUGGAAGACAUGAAGCUUAGUGAAGAAGAGCAAGAUUUCUACCAAAAAGUCUUUGAUUACUCUGCAAAGCAAAAGAAGAGAUACAAAGGAAAAAAUAUUCUGGUCGCCUCUGCUGAAGAUGUUAAGAGAGUUUUCUCCACGAGUAACACAUCUAAUGAUUACUUAGCACAAAUCUGGAAAUUUUGUAGUAAUAAGAACAGGUUUCUGAUUAAACAGGACUUCUUUAAGGCUCUCAAGUGCAUAGCUGUGAUUCAGAAAAAUGAUUCAUUUGAUGAUAUCAAAACCCACUUGAAGGAGGACUUCCCCUUACCUGUUUUUGAUGAUGAAAAUAUAAAAGAAUUCAUACCUAAAGCAAAAGAAGAUAAAGAGGAAGAAAAGGAGAUCCAGAUCGACAAUGACUCUGAUAACUCUGAUCUCGAUGCAGACUUUGAUGAUCUAAAAAUGAAAAUAGAAGAAGAGAAGACUACUUUUCCACCGAAAUCUAAAGCGAGUUCUUUCUCACAGAAUAAAAAUAGGAACGAUGUGGAAGAAAGUAAGGUUCCGUCAGGAUUACAUAUCUCGAUACCUAAAUUCGAGACUAUUACGCAAGGAUGGCUUGGAAUGAACUCUUACACCCAGUAUAAGGUAGUCACUAUUGCUAAUAAUAUCUCUCCUCUCAAGAAUGAUGAGUAUAUCGUCUGGAGAAGAUUCAGCGAUUUUGACUGGUUGCAUAACGUAAUCACCCAAACUAAUUCAUUAGAAGGAGUUGUGCUACCAAAAUUGCCAGAAAAAUCUUAUCUCCAAAAGCAAGAUGAAGCAUUCCUUGAGACAAGAAGGACGAGGCUUGAAGGAUUCCUUAAAACAAUUGUAGAGCAUUCUUCUCUCAAGUGCUCAGAACCAGUCCAUCAAUUCCUGACCGAGAGGAAUGAAGAGAGGUUUACUGGUAUCAAACAGAAGGAUACAUCUUCUUGGAAAGAUAGCAUCUAUGAUUACGCUUUGACAGUCAAGAACUUUGAUAUUGAUAGAUUUGUUAGCAACAUCAGCCAGUAUUUCGAUUCAGAGGAGCCAGAACAGUUUCAUCUAAAGAAGGAGCAUCAAACUCAUAUAGAGCAUCUCCUUGAUUAUGAAGUUCACCUCGAGAAGCUUGUUGAUGCUAUUGAGCAAAAAUACAGAACGACUAAUGAAAUCAGUGAGAGAAUGACCAAAAUAGCACUUAAAAUAGAAAAAUAUCGGCUUAGUUCAGAUCAAAUGCAGCUCAGAAAGAUUUUUGACAAGAAUACUACAGUAGAUGAUGAUUUAAUAGAAGAUCUUGAUGAGGUUUCACUAAACAAGAUGGAAUCAAAAGAAACCCAAGAUGUUGGAAAAGAUUAUGUCAAAGUUGAAAGAGUCCCAUUUCAAAAUAACGUCUUCCCUGCUCUAAAAGCUGGAGCUACUGCUAAUAAACCUCUCACAGAAAAUUGGAAGAUACUAUACAUAGAACUGAAAUCUCAGCUCUCCAAAGUCCAGGGCUUAAGAGAGACACUGCAAAGGAGGAGUUCUGCUAUCUCUUCUUACAAAACGAAUAUUGAAGUCUUAAGAAAAUAAGAGAUCUAAAGCUUCAGCCUCGUACAACUUGGAGAAUCUCCAGCCAGAAAUCUACGCGCUUGAAAAAUCGAACAUUGAGCUAGAUAAAAAGAUCCAGACCAUGAACAAAGUGCUUGGGCAGGACCUGGCUUGCUUCACUCUGGGCGCCACUAUUAAGAAGGUUUUAGAAACUUUUACUGAAGAUAAUAGAAAAGAUGUAAGCCAAGGUGUUAAAAUAGUGGCAGCCCAGGAUUCUAAAAUUAGUGAUAAGUAAUACUCAAGG